UUUUGGUCUAACUUUCCUAGGCCGUGAUAGUUAGCCCACUUUCACCGCAUCAUGACGAACGCUGAACGGGCCUAAGCGAUGCCAUUCAAUACUUGAAACUUCGUACUAGGCAAGGAAUUUAGUCGGGAAAGUUUAUUCGAUGGUGUGGAAGAUAGCAACGUCCCCGUUUCUGGGGAUUACUGUUUUCGUUGCUCUUGUUGGGUCUUUAAGUUUUUACUUCAAAUUCAACUCUGCUCGGAGAUUGUUCAGUCCCGAAGAACUUGCGUUGUACAAUGGAACCGAUGAAGGUUUGCCAAUCCUUCUAGGAAUUAUCGGAUCUGUGUUUGAUGUGACGAAAGGGAAAUCUCAUUAUGGUUCAGGAGGUGGAUACAAUCAUUUUGCUGGAAGGGAUGCUUCUCGUGCAUUUGUCUCUGGAAACUUCACAGGAGAGGGACUCACAGACUCAUUGCUAGGUUUAUCUAGCACUGAGGUGAAGAGCAUUGUUGAAUGGAGGGACUUCUACUUUAGAACCUACAAGCAUGUUGGUAAGCUUGUUGGUCGAUACUAUGACAGCCAAGGGCGUCCUACUAAAUAUUUGAAAGGGGUUGAAGCAAAGGCUGCCAGAGGCACGCAACUUUUGGAAAAGCAGAAGAGUGAAGAGUCUAAACAACCUAGUUGUAGUUCAAGAUGGAGUCAAGAUGAGGGCGGAGAGGUAUGGUGUGAUGCUGGCUUCCCGAGGCGUGUUGAGAGGCCUCUUGAGAUUGCUUUGACUGGAAAAAUGAGUAAACGUUGUGCCUGCUUUGAAGAAAAUCAACUGAGCCGAGCAGGCUUAGAGGUGUAUGAUGGGUGUGAUGACCAUGCUAAAAGGUGCAAAGUCUUGGGCUGAACAUUGAACAUAUAUAGGAUGAUUCUUCUUUGUUGAUUACAAGAUUACUUAUUGGUGGGUGUGAUUUGUGGGAUUUUUUUGGGUCUUGUAUAUUAAAAGAUUAAUACAGAAGAUCAACUGGACCUGCUUACAUACUUGUAACUAGAGCAACCAUUUGCAUUGCAUUUGAAGAAAUGAUUAUUUUCUUGUAUAUUAAAAAUAAUUAUUUUCUUCUAUGAAAAAUGAUGUCUUUCACUUUU